CACCACACCCACAUCAUGCGCGACCUCAAGCUCACAACAUGAGCUGGGGGUUAUAAAGCUGCCCUUGAAACCGGCAGCUCUACGCCCAGCCCAUUCUACCGAACCUAUCCCAAUGACGCUCGAGUUCAACUCAUCCCCGCCUAAGCCCAUCAUCAUUGUCGGUGGUGGACCAGUCGGCCUUGCAGCCGCCCUCGAGCUUACGCGGUUCAACAUCCCCGUCGUGCUCAUCGAGCAGCACAAGGGCGUGGCAUGGCAUCCGAAAACCCGAAACUUCAACACGCGUACUAUGGAGAUUGCGAGCCACUGGGGCGCUGACGUCUACCACCGUCUGCGCGCCAUUGACACUCCGCCCGGGUGGAAGAGCCCAAUCCGUUUCUUCGACCACGUUUCGGGGACUCAGAUGGGACAGAUCGAGUCUCGCGGCUUUGAGGGCCCAGGCCCCGACAUUUCGCCUGCUGAGCCCAUCAUGUCGAGCCAGGACCUGCUCGAGAAGAUCCUCCUGGACAAGGCGCUGGCGACAGGUCUCGUCGACGUCCGCUUCGAUCAGCGCUGCGUCACCGUCGUCCGCGGAGCCGAGGAGGAUGCUGAUGGUGUUACGGUGCGCGUUGAGAACCGCGCCACUGGGGAGACGUACGAGCUUGAGGGCACCGCGCUUGUCGCCGCGGAUGGCUAUUCUAGCCCUAUCCGCGAGCAGCUGGGCAUCAAGCGGACGGGUUCGCAGGACAUGAAUCACUUCAUCAACACGUACUUCCACGCCGAUAUCGAGCCGCAUAUCCAAGAGCGCAAGGGCGUGCUCCUGUUCGUGCAGACGGACAAGGUAGGCGGCGUCCUGCAGCCGCUCGACGCGCAGGGCCGCUGGUUGUGCCAGAUCCGUGUCGGCAAGGACAAGUGGAACAAGGAGACGUGGACGCCGGAGAAGUGCGCAUGGUGGGUGCGCGAGGCAACCGGUAUCCCGGAUCUCAAGGUGGACGUACGAAGUGUAGGCAUGUGGUCGAUGAACGCCACGACUGCCGACGAGUUUGUGCGCGGUCGAGUCAUGUUGGUUGGCGACGCGGCGCACCAGUUCCCUCCCACGGGUGGGCUCGGCGUCAACACCGGCCUACAGGGCAUGCACAACCUUAUGUGGAAACUGGCGUACUGCGCCAAGGGCCUGGCGGGAUGGAAGCUCAUCGAGACAUACGAUGCGGAGCGCCGCACGCCUUCGGCCGAGACAGUCGCACAGAGCAUGCAGAACAGCGCGAACGUGAUGCGCAUUAAUCAUGCGUGGCACGGCAAGCUACCCGUCGACACGGACACCGUGAUCCGCGAGUCGCGCAGGUACGGCAACCACCUAGGCGUAGAGUUCGGCGUCCACUAUAAGUCGUCAGCCGUCGUGUCGGACGGCACAGCGCCGCCCCACGUGGAUGACGACUACUCCGACUACGUCCAAAGCGCGACGCCCGGCUGCCGUGCCCCGCACCUCUGGCUCGGCAAGCACCGCGCCUUGUCCAUCGUGCACCUCUGGAGCUCGGGAUUCACAAUAUUCGCGACGACCGGUGAAGCUGGCGCGGCCUGGCGCGAGGCUGCUACGAAGGCGACGGCUGUGCAUAACGUGCCCAUCGGCGUCUAUCUUGUUGGGGAGCCGGGAAUCGAGGACGUUGAUCAGCACUUCCAUGCGCGUUACGACAUUGAGCGUACAGGAGCGGUUCUGGUGCGGCCCGAUGGCGUCGUCGCUUUCCGCGCCAAGCGCCUUCCUGGAGAUGUUAUCAUGGAGCUCACAGUGGCCAUUCGCCAGGUGCUGCACGUGUAGGUUGGACGUCGGCAGCUAGGGAGGACAACUGGACCGUCUCCACAUGUGAGAUAUGUAAUUUGCAGGUGGGCAACCCAUUACCCGUCCGCUGUUGUUCGGUCAACAGUGUUUUAGUUCUGGGCGGCCCCAGGAAGUGACAUAGCUGAGAGCGAGCUGCGGCAUGCGGGAUGCAUCUGUCGACGGGAAGAA